AUGGAGCGAUGGUCCGCUGACGAGUCGCGCGCGUUGAUCGCGCUGCGGGAACGCGUGGAGCGCGAAACGAGUCGGUCGAUAAACGCCAAGGCCGGCAACGCCAGUGAUGAUGACGAGGAUGGCGAUGCGGUGAAUUUUGGCGGGAAGCGCAUGUGGGAGUGGGUUUCGACGGAGAUGAAGAAGCAGGGGUAUCAUCGAUCCAUGGUGCAAUGCAAGGCCAAGUGGACGGUUCUCUUUAACCGAUACAAGAGCAUGGAGCUAUCAGAGCGGCAGGGCAAGGCGUGUCCGUUCUUUGACGAGCUGACAGUCAUCUUCAAGAUUCGUGCAGAGCAGGCUGCUCGAGUGGCCGCUCUGGGCCAUGGCGUUGUGGACACCAGACCUGCAGGCUUGGCAGGCGCUGGACCUGCGGGCUCGGCACGAGCUGCUUCGGGAGGGGGUUCGUUCUUUGGCUCGGAUGGGAGGCCGCGAGUGGAUUCGAGGGGGGAUGCUGAGAAGGAGAGCUUGCGGCGGAAGCUGGGCGAGGGGUGGUUAGGGAUGAAGGUAGAUAAGAAGCGGUUGGAUAAGAUGUGGGAGGUGCAGGGCGCGCUGCUGAAGCAGCACGCGCUGCUGGAAGGGCAGUGGGGCGAUGAGGGCGAGCGGGUGGAGGAGCGGGGGAAGGAGAGCGGCGCGGCGUGGAUUGAGCGGCUGGAGCAGCAGGAGAAGCGGCGACUGGCUGAAGAUGUGAAGUGGCGUGAGGAGGAGGAGCGGAGAGCACAGAAGGCAGAGGCAAGGGAGGUGGAGUGUGACGCCAUGCUGCAGGUCCUGCUCGCCCAGCUGCAAGCCCAGACCUACCCCACCUUCGUUUGA